AUGGAUCUCAGCAAGACUAUGAACAACCUCUCGCUCUGGGAGGUCAAGUCGUAUGUGCGUAAGGCGCAAAAUGCUGUUCUCAAUCUCUCCGAAACCGAGGCCCGUGUGAGAGAGGCAACCAACAACGAACCAUGGGGGGCAUCGUCUACCUUGAUGGCCACCAUUGCUCGUGGGACGUUCAACUACAGAGACCGUGAGGAGAUUUGCAACAUGUUGUUCCGCCGAUUCACAGAGAAGGCUGCCAAUGAGUGGCGUCAAAUCUAUAAAGCAUUACAGCUUCUUGAGUAUUUGGUCAAACAUGGAUCUGAGAGGUUUGUUGAUGAUGCCCGUGCAAACGUGGCACUUGUCUCUAUGCUCAAGUCUUUCCACUACAUUGAUUCCAAGGGCGUUGACCAAGGCAUAAAUGUCAGAAACCGUGCCCGUGACGUGGCUGCACUCUUGAACGAUGAAAACAGAAUCCGUGCAGAGAGAAGAAAAGCCAAGGAAAACACAAAGAAGUUUGAAGGCGUCAGUAGCACCUCUGUUGGUGCUGGCAGCUACAGUGGCAGUAGUACCUAUGGCGGAUAUGAGGGGCGUGUCUUUGGUGACGGUGGUGUCUUUGGACAGAGAACUGCUCCAGAAGGAGAAAGGGUAGCUACAAGUGCUGCUGGUAGUACUAGGACCGCCGAUAGAGGAGCAUCACAUGCUGCCUUUGAUGAAUACGAGGAUGAUAAUACCAACUUUGGUAAUCAAAAUACUAAUAAAGCCGAUGAUUCAACUACUAACAAUGUUGGCAAUGCGAAUCUUCUCGAUAAUGAUGAUGAUGGUGAUGGUGAUGACGACGAGUUUGACGAUUUCCAGAGCGCUCCAACACCUUCAGUACCAGCCAGCACUACUGUCAAUACAGGUGGCAAUGCUGGUAACAUUGAUCUGUUGGCAUCGCUUGUCACUCCAGGUCAACCAGCGACACCUGCACCAACUACUACUCCUGCAAUUGCAUCUACACCAGCCAAACCCGUUGACUUAUUCGGCUCCCUUCUAAGUGAUGCUAAGGUCAGUGCACACAAGCCAUAUACGUCUGCAGCAGCAACCAAUACUGCUAGUACCUCCAAUGUUUCUAAUGUUUCCAUGCCAAAUAACAAGAACAACAACUACAACUACAGCAAUAACAUCAAUAACAACAAUAGCACACAACGUUCAAAUCCUCCUCCUCCUCCAAAAAAUAACAAUAACAUUGUCGAUCUCCUAGAUUUAUAA